AUGGACAAGAAAUUCAAACAUUCGGACAUAUUUCCUAGCAACCCCAUGCUCAUGUGCAUUUGCGGAUCUUCGGGUUGUGGAAAGACUUACCUCACUUUUAACAUGUUGACAACACCGAACAUUUUAGAUUUCGAGUCUCUGUGUAUUUACACGACUACUCCCGAACAAUCCUAUUAUCAGUUUCUCAAAGCUUUGGAAUACGUCUCGAGAGAAGACGUUCAAGACAUUUUUCACUACUACGAAAGCAACGAAGACUUGCAAGAGAAGGCGGAAAUAAAAGACAUUUUAGACGGCUUUAUCAAAGAAAAGAAUCCUUCUCUGAAACCGACCGACGUUAAAGUGUUUCUGACUAAAAACGUCAACGAUUUAAACUUGUCUAAAAACGACAACCACCGAAAGAACUUGAUUGUCUUUGACGACUGCGUGGCAAGAGUUCUUCACGAAAGGAAGACAUCACAACUGUCACUGCAUAUACCAAUCCCAAUCUUUCUACGCCAUGUUUAUCAGAAAGAACGCAAAGUGUUUUUUAUUAUUCGAAUUAAACGACAAAGAUUUAUCUCAAAUCAUUCAGACUAUAAAUCACGGAAUGGACAGAAACACAUCAACGAUAACCUAUCCGAAUACGCAGGAAGCGUGAGCGGUAAAAACAAUAUCGAAUUCGAAGAAGUGGAGACGAGAAUAUUCAACUCUUUGACCAAAGACAUCGAAAUUGCUUUUCUUCGUCGUAACAAGGUAAAAAAAGUGCAUAUAACCCAAAUGAUUAUCGAUAAAUACAAUGCUGAUGGGGCCGCUGGGAUAGCCAAAGCUGUCAACAAUAAGAAAGCUGACGCCGUUGCAAACGCCGAAGCAUGUAGACACAAUUUGGCAAUGGAAAGAGUAACACGAGGAGGUUCGGGAGUAGGGGAUAUAUUAGGGACGGUUAAGAAUUCGGACAAAGAUUUGGCGAAGAAACCAAGAAAACCGUUAAAGAGGGAUUAA